AUGGCACUUUCGUCGCUUCUUUUCUCAUCAUUGGUGCUGCCCGUCGGCUCCGUCUCUCUGUGCUUCCUGAUAUACCGCUUCUUAGUCUACCCAGCCGUCUUGUCGCCGCUGUGUCGAAUUCCUAAUGCGCAUUGGCUUGCGCGCAUCUCGCCGCUCUGGAUCCUCCUGGUGCGCUUCCAGCGUCGGGAGAACAGGACUCUUCAGCGGGCUCACCGAAGACUUGGCCCUUUUGUGCGUGUCGGCCCCAACGAAAUCAGUGUCGACGACGCUGGCGCCGUCAAGACUAUCUACCAGGGCGGCUUCGACAAAACAUCGUGGUACUCCAUUUUCGACAACUAUGGCGUCCCCUGCAUGUUCUCGGCCCAGACGAGCCGCGAACAUUCUCUUAGAAAGCGGAUGGUGUCAAACGUAUACUCCAAAUCCUUCAUACAGUCUUGCGAGGCAUUGAGGGCGCAAGCCAAAGUUAUAUUGUACGAGCGGCUACUCGGCAUCGUACAGGAGUCGAUGGUAGAAAAUCAGAAACCGCACGGAAUCGACGUGCACUCGCUAUUCUUGGCUACUUCCAUGGACUUUAUCUCGGCCUACAUCUUUGGCAUCCGUCACUCGACCAAAUUCCUAGACAGGCCAGGCUACAGGGAACACUGGAUACAGCUCUAUGCCGCGAGAGCGAACUACCCGUUCUUCAACCAAGAGUUGCCCUGGCUCACACGACGCCUCUCCAAGCUCGGCAUACGGUUGUACCCAUCAUGGGUUGAUGCCGCGAACAAGGAGCUGGAGGACUGGAAUCGCAGCAUGUGCGCCGCCACCCUGGCCGACGAUGCUGUUCUUGCCGCUACCGGAGCAUCUUCCAGCUAUGCGGACGAAGCCGUCGUUACGAGGGCGUUGCUCGCCGGACUUGAACGGGAGAAAAAGCUUGGCGCGGAUUCGAUUCUCUAUCCUACAGCUAUCAGUCAAUAUGACCUGUCGGUAGCCUCGGAGCUCUUCGACCAAGUGCUUGCCGGCCACGAAACAGUGGGCAUAACAAUGACGUACCUGGUUUGGCAUCUGUCUAAAAACCGCGACCUGCAGCAAAGCCUGCACGCCGAACUAUUGUCCAUGGAGCUAAACACGAAGAAUGACGUGCCCGCCAACCCCAAAAUGCUGGACUCGCUGGAACUGCUUGACGCCGUGCUCAUGGAGACGCUACGGUUGCACGCGGCCAUCCCUGGCCCUCAACCUCGUGCGACGCCCUAUCCAUCGUGCAAGCUUGGACCUUAUGAGAUACCCGGAGGGACACGAGUUUCGGCCCUGGCGCAUACGUUGCAUCGGGAUGAGAAGGCCUUCCCUAACCCCGAGAUCUGGGAUCAUACACGGUGGCUCUCCAAUCGAACGGACGACGAGACGAGAAAAGCAAUGAACAGGCAGUUCUGGGCGUUUGGAUUAGGGGGCAGGAUGUGCCUAGGCUCAAACUUUGCCAUUCACGAGAUGAAACUCAUUGCCGCCGCAAUCUAUUCCAACUUCACAACACAUAUCGUCAACGAUACGGGGAUCGAGCAAGACGAUGGAUAG